AUGGCACCCCACGACUCCACGGGCAUCCUAGAUCCCAGAAGUUCCACGUCCAAAUGGCCGGGCUAUCUCGUGGGCUUCGUCCUUGGUCUGAUCACUGUCUUCCUCCCGUACGCCUGCUUCCGACUCUACCGUUGCUAUAGACCAGACUAUCGUAGUCUACGAUACCGUCACCGACGGCCGCCACCCAACUUCCUCCCUCAAGUGCCUCGCAUUCCGCCAGGAUACUCGCGGAUCAUUUUGCCACCUCCUUAUUCGGACCAUUUCGCGUUAGUGCGUCAUCCAGAAGGACAAGCAACAACAUUGGCAGUAACAGCGACACCACCCGCACCGACAGGGCCAAAUACACUAGAUGGUGCAGGUGAUACAGCAACCCACCACAACUCCACGGCAGCUGAAACCGCGGCUUGA